UCCCCAAAAACCGCCGUAGAGUUCCGGCCUGAAGAAAAUAAAUGGCUACUGCAACUGUCGUAUUGGAAGUUCGUCCCCCAUCAUUGGAAGCCGACGCCGAACAACCUCCGCUCUUCGACGGAACCACCAGGUUAUAUAUGGCUUACUAUUGCCCAUUUGCACAGCGUGCUUGGAUCACAAGAAAUUAUAAGGGAUUACAAGAUAAAAUAAAAUUAGUGCCUCUGAACCUUCAAAACAGGCCUGCUUGGUAUAAGGAAAAAGUGAACCCUACAAACAAGGUGCCAGCGUUGGAACACAAUGGGAAAGUUAUUGGUGAAAGCCUUGAUUUGAUCAAAUACAUAGAUAGCAACUUUGAAGGCCCUUCUCUUUUCCCAGACGAUGCUGCUAAAAGACAAUUCGGUGAAAAGUUGAUAGCUUAUACUGAUACCUUCACUGGGGCAGUGUACCCUUCAUUUAAGGGUGACCCAGCUAAGGAAGCAGGUCCUCAGUUUGAUUACUUGGAGAACGCUCUGCAAAAAUUUGAUGAUGGCCCAUUCCUUUUGGGUCAAUUCAGUGGGGUGGACAUUGCAUACAUCACAUUUAUCGAAAGAUUUCAUGUAUUUUUAAACGAGGUUUUCAAGUAUGAUAUCACAGAAGGAAGACCUCAUCUAGCUACAUGGAUUGAGAAAUUCGAGAAGAUUGAUGGUUACAAGCAAACAAAAUAUGACCCUACAGCGAUUGUUGAACUUUACAAGAAGCGCUUUAUGGCUUAAACUCACAACAGAAAUCAGAGCUUCAACAUUAUCAUAUUGUCGAUCGAUAAGCAUGGUAGGCUUGAGAAUUUCAAAAUUGCAACGUUUAUUUGCAUUUUUGUGUGUAUUUUUAAUUUAAGAGAUCCAACCAUCGGUGGUCGAUGACAAUCAACAAUGUUGUAGAGUAUUACUCCAAAAUAUUUGCAUUUGAUUUUUAUGUAAUUUUUCAUUUGAAUGUGGCUUAAUAGAUAAAAUGGCUGAUAUCAUUUUAUGUGGGUAUAUUUGGUUAUUGUUUUUGCAAAGGGUAUUGUUAUUAAUCAGUAGGGAUGUUCAAAACA